AUGCAGUGCAUAGGUGUUCGAAUACCAACAAUUGAACGAAGACGUUGCAUCUUCACACGUGCAAAAUAUGUUUCGGACACGCUUGCCUUGAUUAGUCGUCUCUGCCGGGAGAAUUUCACCCUUUCGGAGGCGAGGUGUUUCGGCAUCGGACCCAACCACCAUUCACAGUGCGAAAGCCGGCAUCCGUUGCCUGAACGAUCUAGUCGGCCUACAAAUCAGAUCAUUGCAAUCAACACGUUGCCGCUAAAUAUCCAAAAGCCUGCAUGGAUUUUUCCCAAACAUCAUGGCUUGAUUCAACCUGCUAGCACUUUGAUCAAGUGUACAGUUCCUUUUGAGAUUCCAUCUCUCAGUCGCAUUCGCUCGCAUCAUACAGCUCGCUCAUUCAACAUGCGAGCCAACCUGUUCUUUGUCGCUGCGGCCCUGCCCCUUACUCAAGGUGUUCGAAUCGUCCAAUCCAACGACGAUGGAUGGAGUGAGAUCAACUUGAGGACCUUUUUCAAUGCCUUGAGUGCUGCUGGCCAAGAAGUCAUCCUUUCUGGCCCUGCAGAGAACCAGAGUGGCAAGGGGUCCUCUGAUGCUCCCCCGAAGACUGUCGAUUCAGAUGGGUGUAUUCAUGCAUCUUGCCCCGGUGGUAGCCCGGCAACAGGCUUCAACGCCAGCGACCCACGCCUCCAUUACGUGAACAGCUUCCCCGUCACGGCUAUCAAGCAAGGCAUCGACGUUACUGCUCCUAAGCUCUGGAACGGAGCAAAGCCUGAACUCGCUCUCACGGGACCAAACGUAGGAUCGAACGUCGCUGUACAGGUUCCCUUCUCCGGGACAGUUGGCGCCGCCACAUAUGCUGCCCACACUGCCAAAAUCCCUGCUAUUGCCUUUUCAGGCGUGAGUGGCGAUCCAACUGGAUGGAACGCGCCUACGCCUCUCUACAGCAAGGUCUACGCUGAUCUUGCUCUGAACGUCACUAAUACUAUCAUCAAUUCCGGAAAGCCAUAUCUCCCAGAUGAUACCUAUCUAAACGUCAAUUUUCCUGAAGUCUCAGAUAGCAGGUGCAAUAAGGCGAGCGAUUUCAAAUACAUCUUCACGCGAAUCAACUCAGGCCUGCUGAGCUCACGUGAUGCGGAAUGGUGUGGCAGCACGCGUCUACCAUGGGAGGCGGAUGUCAUAGUGCUCAGAGGAAGCAACUGUUACGUUACCAUCAGUCCGGGCGACGCGUCUGACAAGACUACGGUCAAUGACGCGGCUGUGCAGACACAGAUUAUCAAUAAGUUGAAGCCAAUUUUGUCAUGCUUGUAA